UGAAUUUUGACCUAAAGAUCAGGUGAUGCGGCACCUGACCUUGUCGAAUUUUUUGCAAGUGGACCGGGCUCUGCGCACACCACAUUAGGGCUCGGGCCCAAUUAAGCGACACCCGGCCUUUCGGAUUUUCUCGAGUUCCACUCGCAAAAACCUAAACACCACAAAAAAGUCCCCAUCGCCUUGCUUCUGCCCUCAGCGUCCAAAUUUGCAAGGCAGAACCUCGACAACCAGAAUCGCGAAGAUGGCCGACACUCCAGUUACCUUGCGCACGCGCAAGUUCAUUCGGAACCCUCUCCUCGGCCGCAAGCAGAUGGUCGUUGAUAUCCUCCACCCCGGCCGUCCCAACAUCGCCAAGGAUGAGCUCCGAGACAAGCUCUGCGGAAUGUACAAGGCGAACAAGGAGCAGGUCAGCGUCUUCGGCCUCCGGACACAAUUCGGUGGCGGCAAGACGACUGGCUUUGCCCUGGUCUACGACUCCCCCGAGGCGAUGAAGAAGUUCGAGCCGCAGUACAGAUUGGUCCGAUUCGGCUUGGCCACCAAGGCUGAGAGGCCGAGCAGACAGCAGCGCAAGCAGCGCAAGAACCGACAGAAGACCCUGCGUGGAACGGCGAAGGUCAAGGGUGCGAAGCCGAAGAAGGAGAAAUAGGCGGCUGGCGUUUCCUCUUUGUGGUGCUCUUCACCGGUUGUCUUCCAGGUCGAGUUGGUGGGGAAUGGCUGUGGCUCUGUGCAUUACAUACAAGAUGCGACUCCGCAUUCGGCAAAAGGAACCGAGACGAUUCAUAUCUGGCAAUCGAUCCAUGGAGGGCGUGAGGGCUGCUGGGUUUCCAUUAUUCAUUCUUCCGACAUCAUAGCACGCAAAUAAAAGGUUGUUUGCUUGUGGCGUCAAGACACGCGGCUCCCUCGUUUUGCGGAUUCAAUGGUGAUGGGA